AUGGACUCGGUGACAAAUUUUUUCUGGAAUGACACCUAUAAUGCUGGUACUCCAACUAGAUCAACUCUCAAGGGGAAGAAAGUGCAAAAUGGCAUAGAUGGAAAAAGUCAGGCAAAGAAAGAGAGCAUAUCUAGUGGUUCUAGAACUAGUGAUCCUACACGUGGUAGUCUGCCAUCUUCCAGUGGACAGCCAACUAGUGGUGGCGGUUUUCCCUCGACAUCAAACAUCCAAAAGAUGAUGGCAGAUACCCUGGUAGAGAAGAUAAUCAAAAUGGCAUUACCACCAUCUUCCAAAACGGCUGUUGAUACAAUUCACCAUCGUAUGGUUGCUGGUAAAGAAAGGCCUAAGCUGUCUGUGCAGAUCACGAGUAGGAAUUUUAUACAGAUGAACUCGAGACUAGGGGUACCAUUCAUGAUUAUGGAUGAAUUAAUAAAGAUAUUAAACUGGACUAACCCAGCGUAUACAGUAUCUAUCAUGUUCUUAUACACGCUCAUUAUAUUGAAACCUUUUCAAAUGCUUUCUUCGCUCCCUAUAUUCUAUUUGUUAUUCUGCGUAAUGGUCCCGCAAUACCUUUACAUUCAUAAGCCAAACCCUACAAGCUAUCUAGAUAAUAAUCAAACACCAGCACAAGGCCCACCUUUGCGAAGACCUGAGGUUCCUAAACCAGUCCCUGAACUGAGCCAAGAAUUUGUCUUAAACCUCACGGAUUUACAAAACCAUAUGCUGCUAUAUGUUAAAUUCUACGAUUUUACUUUACUCAUAUUACAAAAGUUUGCAUUCUUCACCAACGAGGCUAUUUCGUCGUUUUAUUUUAUUGUAUUGUUAAUAAUAGCAACAUUAAAUUUUCUGUACAUGGAUAAAUUUAUCAAGCUCAUUCCAAUGAGACCCGUACUGAUACUGCUAGGUUGGGGUUUUUUUAUUGCCUCGCAUCCGUCCAAUCGUGAAUAUUUGUUGACUAAAUUGAAUUCGGAGGAGACAAGAUUAAAAACUUUGACUAUAAGUACUAAUCUGGAAUCUAAGAUUUUGCAGCAUUUGAAACUCAUUGAGGCUAGGGAGCACCGACUUGUUAUGAUCUUUGAGAUCCAAAAGUAUCUUCCUGAAUACAAAGAAUGGCGCCCAGUUGGAUUCUCUGAUGACGAUUAUUCUCUUUUCUCUAGUUUGAGAAUAUACCAGAGGCGUAUUGAGGAAAAUUCAGUGAAGUCAUUAGAAGAAAUUGAGCCACCUAAGGAUUGGGAAUGGGAAGCCAAUUCUCAUUGGGUGCUUGAUUUGGAUCCAAAAGAAUGGGUAGAGGACGAAUUUAUUCAGUAUGUCGAGAUAGAUUCAGAAACAAAAUGGGUCUAUGACCUCAAUCUUGAUGGACAAAGGGGCUCAUAUAGAAGGCGAAUGUGGACCAACAGUUGCGUGCGGAAAAAACUGGAUUCUGGUAUUUCUUCAAACCUUGGUGAGGAGGAAGUAGUUAAUCCAUUGAGGGAAGAAACAUAUAGGCAAGGCGUACAUGGCGUGACGAAGGGUUCAAUGAGUGGCGGUCUAACUCACAGUAGUGAUGAUGACCGCGCUGAUGAGGAAAGUAUAAACGGUACUAUUCCUAAUCUCAACAAUAUCGACGCGGAUGCAUCUUAUCCGUCAAUCGAAGAGCUAACAGACACUCUCAAUUCAACUAUAUAA